CCGCCCUCGCCGGCCGGAGUGAGCGACCGCCAGUCCGCGGAUCCCGGCCGCCGUCCGGGCGCGCGCAGCUAGCGGGCGCGACUAUGCCAAGAUGGUCCUGCAGGCGCGGAGCAAGCACCGGGACGCGGCUCCCAGGCCGCCCCGGUCGGCCCGCUCGUCGCCGCCGCCACUGAGCCGGGCAUCCGAGGUGGACGCCGGGGAGCUGGGGUCGGAGCGCACGCCGCCGUCGCCGGGGCGCAGGGGCGCGGCGGGCAGGAAGGGACCCCGCGCAGGGACCGCCGCGCCCGCCCCGGACGGCCUCGCGGGCCGCCUGGCGGCCGGGCUGCACUGGGCGCUGGGCCUGCGGCGCGGGCGCGGCCGGACCUGGAGCACGCUGCUGCUAGCGUCCUUUGCAGCUCUAUUGCACUGGAGCCACAUAACGCACCUCUUUGAGAAUGAUCGGCAUUUUUCUCACCUCUCAACACUGGAAAGGGAGAUGGCUUUCCGCACUGAAAUGGGUUUGUAUUAUUCUUACUUCAAGACUAUUGUGGAAGCACCCUCAUUUUUGAAUGGAGUAUGGAUGAUAAUGAAUGACAAGCUGACUGAAUACCCCCUGGUUAUUAACACAUUAAAAAGAUUCAAUCUUUACCCUGAGGUGAUCUUAGCCAGCUGGUACCGGAUUUAUACCAAAAUAAUGGAUUUGAUUGGUAUUCAAACCAAGAUCUGCUGGACAGUGACCCGCGGAGAAGGACUCAGUCCGAUUGAGAGCUGUGAGGGAUUGGGCGAUCCUGCUUGCUUUUAUGUUGCUGUAAUUUUUAUGUUAAAUGGACUAAUGAUGGCAUUAUUCUUCAUAUAUGGCACAUAUUUAAGUGGCAGCCGAUUGGGAGGCGUGGUCACAGUGCUGUGCUUCUUUUUCAAUCACGGAGAGUGUACCCGCGUGAUGUGGACGCCACCUCUCCGAGAAAGCUUCUCAUACCCAUUCCUUGUGCUUCAGAUGUUGCUUGUGACUCAUAUUCUCAGGGCUGCGGAACUCUGCAGGGGGAGUCUGAUUGCACUCUGCAUCUCCAGCCUGCUCUUCAUGCUGCCCUGGCAGUUUGCCCAGUUCGUGCUUCUUACCCAGAUUGCAUCAUUAUUUGCUGUGUAUGUCGUGGGAUACAUUGAUACAUAUAAAUUACAGAAGAUCAUUUAUAUGCACAUGAUUUCGCUUGUGCUUUGUUUUGUGUUGAUGUUUGGGAACUCGAUGCUACUAACAUCUUACUAUGCAUCGUCUUUGGUAAUUACUUGGGGCAUGCUGGCAAUGAAGCCCCAGUUCCUAAGAAUGAAUGUAUCUGAACUCAGCUUAUGGGUUAUCCAAGGGUGUUGUUGGCUAUUUGGAACUGUUGUACUCAAGGGUGUGACUUCCAGGAUCUUUGGAAUUGCAGAUGAUGCUCAUAUUGGCAACUUAUUAACAUCAAAAUUCUUCAGUUACAAGGAUUUUGAUACUUUACUAUAUACUUGUGCAGCAGAGUUUGACUUCAUGGAGAAGGAGACUCCACUGAGAUACACGAAGACCCUGCUGCUUCCGGUUGUUCUGGUCAUUGUCGCUGCCAUUGGUAGAAAGAUUUUUAAUGAUAUGCGGGGUGUUGUAGCUAAACAACAGACACAUACUAGAAAACAACAGUUUGAUCAUGGAGAGUUGGUUUACCAUGCUCUGCAGCUGUUAGCAUACACAGCCCUUGGUGUUCUGAUCAUGAGACUGAAGCUCUUCCUGACACCACACAUGUGUGUUAUGGCAUCCUUGAUCUGUUCCAGACAGCUGUUUGGAUGGCUCUUUGGCAAAGUGCAUCCUGGUGCUGUUGUCUUUGCUAUAUUAGCAGCAAUGUCUAUUCAAGGUUCGGCAAACCUACAAACCCAGUGGAACAUUGUAGGGGAGUUCAGCAAUUUACCACAAGAAGAACUCAUAGAAUGGAUCAGAUACAGCACAAAACCAGAUGCAGUGUUUGCAGGCGCCAUGCCCACCAUGGCAAGUGUGAAGCUCUCUGCUCUGCGACCCGUGGUGAACCACCCACAUUAUGAAGAUGCAGGUCUAAGAGCCAGAACAAAAAUAGUAUAUUCAAUGUAUAGCCGGAAAGCACCUGAGGACGUGAAGAAGGAAUUGAUAAAAUUAAAAGUGAAUUACUACAUUUUGGAAGAGUCAUGGUGCAUAAGAAGAUCCAAGCCUGGCUGCAGCAUGCCUGAAAUCUGGGAUGUCGAGGAUCCAGACAAUGCUGGGAAAACACCCUUGUGCAACAUCUUGGUGAAGGAUUCCAAGCCUCACUUUACCACAGUGUUCCAGAACAGUGUUUACAAAGUUCUAGAAGUUAUCAGACAGUGACCGCACGUGCAUCUGCCAGAGACCACAUCAGUAAUGGCUUUACUGCUUUGCCACUAACUCAGCGCAAACCUUUAGAAUGUCUUUGAAAGUAACUGUUUUCAAAUGGCAAACAUUUGAUUUGGUCAACUUGCCAGUCUGAUUGUAAAAACGACUUACACCAGAUCGAUUAGUUACUGUUUCACUGCACCUGUUAAAAUUUGCUAUGCAAAUGAGAAUAUGCUUGUACUUGGUUUAAAUAUUUGUGUUAUGGUGAACAAAGCCAUCUGUGUAGAAAUACAUCUUGGGUCAUGACAGAUGAUAUGAAACUACAGUCACUUCUGGACUGAUAAGGGCCUGUUAGCACCCUUGCUUCCUAUUUACCUCCUGGUCUUAUCUUUGCACACUUGUCUCAGCUCGAAGUCCAGGCGUGGUUGGCGUGUGGGUCGCCAGUAAACCUCACUUCCCUUCCGGGUGCUCUCCUUGUUGUGUGUUGCUCUUGUGAAUCAAGUGUUUCCUGCCUGCUGUUACCCAGACUCGUGGGUAUGGUGGCAAGGAGCGGUUCCUUUAGUUCCCAGCUAUGUGGUGUGUGUUUCCCCCCCACAGACUGGUUUCCUUUCCACAGAAAUACUGUCUUCUCUUUAGGUUGAUUAGCAAGUGCUUAUUCUUGCUUACAAAAUUAGUAAUUGUGUAUUUUUCUCAUUUUUAGUAUUAAUCAAAUAUUAUAUUUUAAUACCUUUAAUUCAUUUAAAAAAUUUUAUGAUUAAUCACGCCGUUAGGAAAAACUAUUUUGGACAACUUCAAAUAUGAUGCAUNUAUANCUUGAUAUAUAUGGAGAGAGAGAGAGAAAGAGAGAGAGAGAGAGAGAGAGAGAGAGAGAGAGAGAGAGAGAGAGAUAGUUCGUAGUAGACUGUAGUUUAUGCUAAUUUUACUUUCACUAUUAAGAUAAAAUAAAACCUAAGUAACUUCUGUCAAAAUGUAAAUGAAUAGAGUUUUUUAUUUUGCUUUCAAAAUUGCCUGUCUUUAAUAAGACGAAGCCUUAAGCCUUAUAAUUUUGCCUCAAAAAAAAAAAAAAAAAUUCAGUGUGUGGAGUGAGUGUGCUCUCAGUCUUACCCAUUAUUUCUUGUUUUUUUAUUUUUUGAAAAAUUCCUAAACUUGCUUUGAAUUUCUUAUACAAAUUUUGUUUCUUAGAAGUUAAUUUGUGUGAAAUGAGAUACUUCAAAACUAUAAUCUUCAUUGUUGUAAGAAGUGGUUUUGAGGUUUUAAAUUCUAAGUAAACUGACCAUGGCUGGCUGCACAUUUUUUAUACAGUCUUCUCUUUAUUAACCACAGGCAGAUUAACUCAGUGUGGAUUGUCCUUGAGACCUGAGCCCUCAGGGAUGGCUUCCGGGCCCCACUUCAGUCCUGGCAGCCACGGAAGGAAGAGCUCUUCUUUCUGCCUUCUUUCCAGAGCCCAAGGACAAGCUUGUCUGGGGGGACAUUGGUCACCUGCACUUGCAACUGAGGAGUGUGGCCUCAGUAAAGAGCCAGCAUCACCAGCCAGGCUCUCCCUCCCUGAAGCUGCCCGGGGACUGCCAUGCCCACUGUUGCAGGGUGUGGCCAAGCUUCCUCAUCUGACGCUCAGUUUUAUUUCACAAGCUUUUACCAACUCAGAAAAUAGGGGAGCAACUGGAGGUCAUGGUUUAGGGGUGUUUGAGUGAUAGUGUGGCAAUGCAGAGCAAUGUAAAGAAAGGGACAGGCAUGGGCGUGAGGGACGCAUGCCCUGUCUGCUCCACAGCCCUUCUGCAGCCCAAUAUGGCUGCUGUGUGGAUACAGCAGUUAGGAUUUUUUUUUUAUCACCUUUUAAAAGUUAUUUUCUGUCCUUACCAUCUAACAAUUCCCUUCAUAAUAAGUUCACAUGUAAUGAUUGGAAAUUCUGUACAGAGAAACAAAACAUUAAAAUACUAUUAGAGCCAGUUCACAUGCUGGGAAACAUUAAAAGUAGUCUAAAUUAGUUUUUUUGCAGAAACCUUUUGUAACAGUAUGUCAUAAUGUAACUCCACCAGCAAGUUCUGCUUGUAUUUAGGCAAGUCAGCUUGGAACUGUGGCCUUGGGGCCCACUGCGUUCUGAGUCCAGCACAUCUAGUAGCAGCCAGCGCUCUGCGGCAGAAACACUUUUAUGGCAACAUGGAGCAGUAAUAGAUUUUAUGUAGCUGACAAUGCAGUAUUAAAGCUCAGUAUUUUGCAUAUUUUUAGUGUUUACAAAUAUUUUUGCUUUAGUGUGAGGAAAGGAAGGAAAGACAGAAGGCAGUUGGAUAGUUAUUAUUGUGACAUUAAAAACAAAUAAGCUGGGUAAUAUGUCCAUUAAAAGCUGAACCUCUGAAAUGCCUGUCAGAGUGUGUGCUGUUCCAGUAGGCCAGCAGCACGGGGGAGAAGACAAAAGGAUGUGUCUGAGCUAAAGCGAUCCUGCACAGGAGUGUUGUAUUUUUAUGAAUUUUAUGCCCCUUGUUUACAUGUACUAUAUCUGUUAAAUAAAAAAAAAAA